AUGUUCGAACAAGCAAAAACUUUGGCACCAGCUCGAUACCAGCGCAUUUUACGUGACGGUACAAUCGGUGGAACUGAGCCAAUGAUCAAGCGAAAAGAAAAAAUAGCUGACGCCAAAAUCGUGGCUUGUAAGCAACUAGUUUCUUCGGAAAGCUUGAAGGACUGGGGAACAAUGUUUUGCACUUCAUAUUUCAGUUUCGUAAGUAGAGCAAAGUCACGAGAAGGUGGUGAGACUUUGAAUCUGAUGCUUCUGCAAUGCGAUUCAGAUGAAAACAUAUCAAUGUAUUCGGCUAGCAGCAGUCAUAUUGAAACGAAAGAAAAACGAAAGAGACGCCCAUCACGUUGGGGUACUCCUACUACUUCAAAAAACCAUGAUAAUACUAUUGUAACUGCUUCAAUACCUCUUCCUUUGGGACCACCGCUAACACAGUCAGCAGUUUCUUUAGAAAAUAUACCAGUACCUUCAACAGAUCAACAGUCACCACAGUUGCAAGUGGCAUUACCUUCAAGGCCAUCUGCGCUUAACACUGCUCCAUCUACAUCUUUUACGCUCAAAUCGGCAUCGAUACCAUCAUUUGGAAUGGCUAGCGGACAGCCGCAGAUUAAUUUGGCUCCAUUUGCUGGUUCAGGUCUAGGCCAACAACCUCUUGGUUUGAGCCAACAGUCUCUGGUUACUCUAGGACAGCAACAAUUAACCAGUCUGGGACAACAAACUUUAGCUAGCCUAGGACAACAACCAGUGCCAGGUUUAAACCAGCCUCAGUUGGCGUCUCUUGGACAAGGAUCAUUAGUUCAAAUGCAGCCGUCUUUGCUGCCGAAUUUCUUCUUACCACCGCUGAAUUUAGGUGCAAUGAAUGGUUUAUUGGCAGCAGGUCUGCUUGCGAAUAACAAUCCUUUGGCAGUUCCACCAAUGACUCAACCACUAGCGCAACCAUCUUCUGCAACUACGACUCCUUUCAUGUUGAAUCCAGUGCAGCUUUCAGCAGCCUCAGCUCAGCAACUGAAUCAACAUUUUGUAAAUUUAGCAACAACGCUACGGCGAAAUGUAGAUACAGCUGCUGAUUCCACACAUUUAUCUCAACCUUCUAAACAGCCGGAGGGCGUUCCGCCACCCCCACCGGUGGUAAAACCAACUGAAUCUACAUCCAGCAAUAUAUCUCUUUGUGAACCGCUGGCUGAAAAAAUCAGGAAAUUAAUUGAAGCUAGUAAUGUAAGACCUUUAUGCGACUCCAGUGUCGAGGAUGGUGGUAAAAAUGGUGUUACAGUAAAUGAUGCAAUAAACAGCGUGGUGCUGUGUGAUGACUCUAAAAUGGGUGAGUCGGGGCGUAAAAGUGCUAGUGCAGAUGACGAAGAAAGUGGGGAAGUUGUCGGAGUAAAAAAAUUUCACAAGAAUGGUGUAAUGUUCGAAGAAGCUCGACAAAUGCUUUCUUCUUCACUCAAGAAGAUUUACAGAAUGAAGCAGAUUACCAAACAGGAGUAUAAAGAAAUAAUGAAAAAAGGUGUAACAGCGUUAUCUCAGCGCACAAAAUUGGAUCAAAGAAAGGUGGAUGAGUAUGCAAGGAAAUACGUAGAGUGCGUUGUACAUCGUCGUAAAAAGCGGCAUUAAGCUUAGCAUUCACUCUGUGAUCCUGUGUGUAUUUUUUCAAAAUAGAUCUUAAAAGAGUUAAUAUGGACCAAAUUGUAUACUUCGGUGAGAGCGUGUGCAGGCUUUACUGUGGAACUUGUGCGGUAUCUCCAGAUACUGUAUUUACAGAAACCAACACGCAUUUCAGGUGUUCCAAAUUCUGCACUCCUUUAAAUAUACAUUCUGUUGGUUUUAUUCAAGCAGAGUAAAAGCGCAUGCUGUUUUCGCUUCUUCAAAUAAUUCUAACAAGCGACUAAGCAGUACUUUUGUAAUUUUUGCCAUGAAUUUGUCAACUGUUGUCCAGCAUACACAUGAUAUUGUGUUAUUUCACCAUUAUGGGUGUGGUCAUAUUAUAGAUAAUAAUAAAUAUGAAUGUACCA